CACUGCCCCACAAAAGGAGCAGUGCCACAUCAGCCAAUCAGCUCAAGCCCUGCCUUGGAAACACCUGUUGAUCCCCCUCCCCCCCAGGGCUCACCUGGGUGCAGGUUAGGCAGGUGAAGCGCUCGCCCAGAAACAGAGCUGGAGCGCCCCACCGGCCCGGCCCUGCCUGCUCAGAUCGGAUCCAGCACUUCCAGGCUUCUUGAGCCAGCGGUGACAGCUGAGGCCACGUGAGUUGGAUCCUGAAUGAGGCUUUAUCUCUGGCUCUUCAUCUCCUUGGCCACCGUGGCUCCAGCUCCCUUGGCCAGCCGGGAUGGGACAGGCAACUGAGAGAGCCGGAGCCAGAGAGGUGAUGGUGACCAUAUGCUGGACCGGGAGAGAAACAGGACUCUGGGCCUCUGGCUGCCAAGCAGGUGGUGGGGGCUCCAGGCUGUGAUCCGUACCCUCUAACCCCUGAGGCCACCCUCUGCCCUGACUCAUGCCAGACCCAGCCAUGUCUGCCCGAGAGGCUGGAGCCCCGCUGGGCGAGGGGCUGCCCCCAGAUGUGCUGGCAGAGCAGGUGGAGUUAUGGUGGUCCCAGCAGCCACGGCGCUCAGCACUCUGCUUUGCCGUGGCCGUGGGCCUCGUGGCAGGCUGUGGGACGGGUGGUGUGGCACUGCUCUCUUCCACCAGCAGCCGCUCAGGUGAGUGGCGGCUGGCAGCAGGCACUGUGCUCUGCCUGCUGGCCCUGCUGGUUCUGGUUAAGCAGCUGAUGAGCUCAGCCGUGCAGGACAUGAACUGCGUACGCCAGCCCCACCAUGUGGCCCUGCUACGCAGUGGUGGAGGUGCUGAUGCCCUCGUGGUGCUGCUUAGUGGCCUUGUGCUGCUGGUCACUGGCUUGACGCUGGCUGGGCUGGCCGCCACCCCUGCCCCUGCCCGGCCGCUGGCUGCCAUGCUGUCUGUGGGCAUCGCCCUGGCUGCCUCAGGCUCGCUCCUGCUACUAGGCUUGCUGCUGUACCAGGUGGGCGUGAGUGGACACUGCCCCCCGAUCCGUGCUGCCCCUCCCGCCACCCACAGUGACCACAGUGGCAGUGGCAGCAUCUUCAGCAUCUCAGGACGGUUGUCUGCUGGCCAGCGACAUGAGACCACAUCCAGCAUUGCCAGCCUCAUCUGAUCAAGUCAGAGUCCUCUUUCCCACGACCCACCCCUGCAGCCACAGAACUGUGCCAGGGCAUGCGUGAGUGUGCG